GUGCCCAGACUGGUGGGGCGGGGCCCAGGGUGCUGCAGCUCCUUCAGUCCUUUCUGCCCCUUUCAGUAGGACCAGAAGGCUGUGGUGCAGAGGGUGGUGUCUUACCUCAGCAGACUUCCCCAUUCCCAGCCCUGAUUCCACGUCUGGACCGGUCUACUUCCUGAGCCAGUAUCCUGCCUGGUCUGAGCAGUCAUGGCCUCAAGAGCGAAUGGUCAAAGCCAGGCUUCAAGGAAUGGACUGAAAGGGAAGGUGUUAACUCUGGAUACCAUGAACCCGUGUGUGCGGAGGGUGGAGUAUGCCGUUCGAGGACCCAUAGUGCAUCGCGCCUUGGAGCUGGAGCAGGAGCUGCGUCAGGGUGUGAAGAAGCCCUUUACUGAAGUCAUCCGUGCCAACAUUGGCGAUGCACAGGCCAUGGGGCAAAGACCCAUUACCUUCUUCCGCCAGGUCCUGGCCCUUUGUGUCUACCCCAAACUUAUGAGCAGUCCCGACUUCCCAGAGGAUGUCAAGAGAAGGGCAGAACGCAUCUUGCAGGCAUGCGGGGGCCAGAGCCUGGGUGCCUAUACCAUUAGCUCUGGCAUCCAGCUGAUCCGGGAAGAUGUGGCACAGUACAUUGAGAGGCGAGAUGGAGGCAUCCCUGCAGACCCAAACAACAUAUUUCUGUCCACUGGGGCCAGCGACGCCAUUGUGACAGUGCUCAAGCUGCUGGUGGCCGGUGAAGGCCGCGCGCGAACAGGUGUGCUCAUUCCCAUUCCUCAGUACCCAUUGUACUCGGCUGCUCUGGCUGAGCUGGACGCCGUGCAGGUGGACUACUACCUGGACGAAGAGCGUGCCUGGUCUCUAGACAUCGCGGAGCUGCGGCGCGCUCUGUGCCAGGCACGUGACCGCUGCUGCCCUCGCGUUCUGUGCGUCAUCAACCCUGGCAACCCGACUGGGCAGGUGCAGACCCGUGAAUGCAUCGAGGCUGUGAUCCGCUUUGCUUUCGAAGAGGGACUCUUCCUGAUGGCUGAUGAGGUAUACCAGGACAACGUGUACGCCGAGGGCUCUCAGUUCCAUUCAUUCAAGAAGGUGCUCACGGAGAUGGGGCCGCCGUACUCGACGCAGCAGGAGCUUGCUUCCUUCCACUCGGUCUCGAAGGGCUACAUGGGCGAGUGCGGGUUCCGUGGUGGCUAUGUGGAAGUGGUAAACAUGGAUGCGGAGGUGCAGAAACAGAUGGCCAAACUGAUGAGUGUACGGCUGUGCCCACCAGUGCCGGGCCAGGCCCUGCUGGACAUGGUGGUCAGUCCACCAGCACCCUCUGAGCCGUCCUUCAAGCAGUUUCAAGCAGAGAGGCAGGAGGUGCUGGCUGAGCUGGCAGCCAAGGCUAAACUCACCGAGCAGGUCUUCAACGAGGCCCCCGGGAUCCGCUGCAACCCAGUGCAGGGCGCAAUGUACUCCUUCCCUCGAGUGCAGCUGCCCCCGCGGGCAGUGCAGCGUGCUCAGGAACUGGGCCUGGCCCCUGACAUGUUCUUCUGCCUGUGCCUCCUGGAGGAGACUGGCAUCUGUGUGGUCCCUGGAAGUGGCUUUGGGCAACAGGAAGGCACUUAUCACUUCCGGAUGACCAUUCUGCCCCCCAUUGAGAAGCUGCGGCUGCUGUUGGAAAAACUGAGGCAUUUCCAUGCUAAGUUCACCGAGGAGUACUCCUAGAUCACACUGGACGGCCUGUGACUGAAUUAACUGAGGGUCCUUGGGAGCCUUCAGUAUUUGCUGCUUUUGCCUAGGGUCUGGGUACCUGUCCCUGCAGGUCCCUAAUAAAGCUGGGUGUCAGCCCGACUUGAAGUGGC